GCUGUCGGUGUUGACUCUGAUCAGUCAGGCUCUGAUGUGGUUGCGAGUCGCGGUUGUUGAUCACUCCCAUGUUCUGUUUGCAGUGUGAGAGUUCGGGACUCGGGAUCCGGGCAGGUUUCGCAUGAAGAUCGCGGGGGCUGUUUUUGUUCGGAACUUUCAUUCCAUCUGUUUUUUGAUACAGAGCGGAAGCCAUGGCCCCAGCAACUGUAGAUAUGCCGCAGAACGUGAUUGCUAGGGUGGCUAAGUUGCCACUUUUAAGCAAUGCCUAUGAUAUGGUGACCUCUGUAUACAGCAGCACAAAGGAAAAUCAUCCUUAUCUGAAGUCUGUGUGUGAUGCUGCAGAAAGAGGAGUGACGGCCAUUACAUCUGUAGCUGUCACCAGUGCUGUGCCAAUCCUUCAGAAACUGGAACCACAAAUUGCUUUUGCAAAUGGUUAUGCCUGCAAAGGACUAGACAAAAUUGAAGAGAAACUGCCUUUUCUCCACCAACCAGCUGACCAGGUUGUUGCUAAUGCAAAAGAUGUGCUUGCUACUAAAGUAUCUAAUGCCAAGGAUGUUGUAACCCAUACUGUUACUGGUGCCAAGGAGACUGUGGCAAGUAAAAUUACCAGGGUAGUGGCCAAGACAAAAGAGACUGUCCAGGAAAGUAUUGAAAUUACCAAAGUUGUGGUGAAUGACAGCAUGAGCCAUAUACUUGAGUCAGGUAUGGCUAAGAUGUUGACCAAUGGAAUACAUUCUGCUUUGGUCACUUCUGAAGUGCUUGUGGACCACUACCUUCCUCUGACUGAAGAUAAGCAAGCUCAAGAAACCAAUGGAAUUGAUGGAUUUGAAGUUGACCCUCUGAAACAGAGUUGUUUUGAGAGGCUGGGAUCACUUUCUACCAAAGUAUGCCAGCGAGCUUAUCAGCAGGCCGUAGUUAAAAUUCACAGUGCGAAGCAACAUGGUCAAGAGGCAAUUUCUCAGCUUUGCCGUACCACUGAUCUGAUAGAGUAUGCCAGUGAAAAUAUGGGCACAGCAAACAAAAAAAUCCAUGAUGCCCAAGAUAAGCUACACCAGACAUGGGCAGAAUGGAGAAAAUCUAAUAUGGAAUGUGAAGACUAUGAAUCCCAUGCAGCAGAGCAAAUUGAAUUCCAUACACUGGCUAUUGCUCAGAAUCUUGGUCAACGAUUGCAGACAACCUGUUUUGUGCUUGUAAACACCAUCCAGAGUUUACCACAGAAUGUUCAAGAACAGGUUCACUCUGUAAAUGUUUUGGCAAGAGAGUUGUACUCUACAUUCAAGUUUAAAACAUCCUUCAAAGAACUUCCUAGCCAGAUCCUCUCCACAAGCAAGGAUCAACUCUCUAAAAUGAAAGACUCAGUGGAUGGAGUAAUGGACUAUUUGGUGAAUAACACGCCUCUGAAUUGGCUGGUGGGUCCCUUUUACCCACAACUCAUUGGGUCUCAGCAGGAAGGGGAGACAGACCAUGGAAGAGAGACAAUCUGAGCAGCUGCAUAAUUGUCAUGAUACUUGAACACCCUUUGUUUGUGUUUAUUUGUUUUGCAACUUCCAAUUUCUGUUUUAAUCACUUCUCUGCGCAAAAACUUCCUUUUCUUAAAAGGGGAAGGGGAUGAAAUACAAAUUAAUGACAGUGGUAGCCGUAUUCUUCCUUUGGACAGUUAAGACUUUGUAUUUCAUUAUAUAUGCAUUUAAAUUCUCAAGCUGCCAUGGUUAUCUGAUGAUAUUAAUCUUCCAGACUUCAGUUGGCCUUUCCUAAACUGGCAGAGUUGAAGUUUUUCUGCUGGAAAUUUUAAUAUUCCAGAAAUUUUAAUAUUCCAGAUUUGGAAGAUGGAAUGGAGAUGUUAAUAUCCUAAAGUGACUCUCUUGUCAAGAUGUUAAAGCACUAAAUAAAGCUAAUAACACUCUGAAGGAAUUUAUACAAUACUGACCAAGUUAAAUAUUAUUUUGUACUCUGGUGUGAUUUUUACCUAUCUCUACCCUGCCCUAGUCCAUGCUUGUACUACUGCAGCCUCAGCCAUUCUGAAAUUCACCUGGCUGACCUCUGCUUCCAUCCUUUCUUAAACCAGAGUCCUGUUCACCCAUCAUUACUGGACUUGUUGACCUACUGACCUACAUUAGUUCCUGGUCCAGCAAUGCUUCAAAUUUUCAUUGGCCCAGAUCUUUUGGUCUCCAACUCAUUGGUGACUGGAUGUACGACCCAAGAUGUGUGUUGGGACCCCACAGAAAUCCUGGCAUGCUGAUCUCUGUGGGAAUUGCCUAGGAAGUUUGAACUUCGAACGGAUCCACUGUGAAUGUCUUCAACUCCUAACUACAGUCGGAGACUUCGGACAGUUCUGAUUGAUUUACUUACCUGACCAGUUACCCAGGAAGCUUUAUUCAGAAAAGUCCUAAUCUAACUCUUGGGUAACUACAGAAACUAACCUAACUACUCCUUCCUCCCACCCUCUCACACUGGGCCUUUAAACUUAGCAUCUGGCAACUAGUACUGUAAAAAGGCGGCAUGUCUUCUGCACUGAUUUUCUUUGCAGGUCUGCACUGAAUUCCUGUGCUGAGCAAGGUCUCUGACUGCUGCAUAAGAAGUCAGAUGCUUUAAAUGUGUAAUUUUCUGACUGAUCAGCAUCAGCCAUAGCAGUUCUGGCAUUGGCCCAAAUGUUCUGGUCUAUGUAUUCAAAUCCCUCCAUAGCCUUGUCCGUUCCUUCCUCUGAAAUCCUAUCCAGCCCCAAGACUUUCCAUGAACCCUAUUCCUGAUUCUUUCUUUAGAAUAUAUGCAAUUUUCUCAGUUCCAACACUGCUGAUUUGUGCC